UGACAAUUAUAGAAGCUGGAAAAUCUGGAGGACCAUUAUGUUGAAUGGUGCUGGCAAUAGGUGGCGCUUCUGGAGCAGUGGUUGCACCGAUGUCGGUUUCGCUAAACCGACGUUAAUUAACGCACCUAAUUAAUUACUGCAUAAAUGAUUACUACCUAAAUAACAACAACAGUAGGCUGUUUAUCUUUCCUCCAACAUCUCCGUUUACUCUAUUUAUUCCAUCUUCUCUGUUUUCCGGGGGUUUUUCUUGCUUCUUCGAUAGAAAUGGAGAAUGUUAAACUUCAAUCGCACCUUGACGCUCCUGGCACCCGGAAUGAACACCCGACUGUUUGUGUGGCUAGUACGAGUAGCGAUGGAUUGCCUGUCGCAAUUAAAGAAGAACCGUUGUCUCAAGACACCUACGAAGUACUGCUUUAUGACAAACAACUUGACGAGGAUGCUGAUAAUGAUGACAAUAAUAAUAAUAAUAAUGAUGAGGAUGACGAUGAAGAAGACGAGGAAGAUAUUGUCGAGAGAUUUCAGAUUAAAUGUGUUGAUUAUGAUGAAGACAGUUACAAUAAUUUAAUUAUUGACAAUUCCGCUUCGAAUGAUGCAUCGUUAAUCUCCACCAAUAUUCAAGAAAAAGAUGCUUCAUCAGAUAACACUUGCACAGUGAGAGAUUUGGCGAAUACAUCUGAGAGCGUUAUCAAUGAUUUUGAUGCUGAACUUUCAGAACUGUUGUCGACCGGAGGUGAACCUGGUGCCAAGUCUAACAAGACGUUAGUUAAUGCUAAAACUUGCCUGUUCCUUAACAAUAUUUACCAAGCUGUCCUGCAAGAGAAUCUCUUGAAACUUCAGAUGGAAUUGGUCCAGAAUCAGGAAAAACAGAAAGCCAUUAAUGAAGAAUUGCACAAAACUGCUACGAACAAAAAAAUCAGAAGGAAUGUCUUUUACCAGCCUUAUUUCAUGAGUUCACAAGGAAUGCCUCCUCCAAACGAACACACCAAACUUCUAAAACCAUGGCACCUCAAACAGACACAAAGAGACAAAUAUUGGAAGAAAUGGGAACAGGACCUCCUCAUCAACGCUGUUCAGGAAAAUGCCUGGGAAAUAAUAUUGAAGCCCUUCAUGAACAAAAUUGAAAUCUAUACGGACAAACUGUUGACGAGUAAAGAGAGCACCACAAGUGCUAAACUGCAGCAGAAACUGGACCAGCUGAGACAAGAGAUGGUACAAGUGGAACAGAAAGAUAUCAACAGCUUCUUUGAUGAAGAUGACUUUGAAGACAAACUGGACUGGAUGAAAAUAGCCAAUUUAACAUUCUGUGAUAGACACUCUGAAUUUUCCUGUCAGCUGAUGUGGCGGAAUUGGUUACGACCUGGCAUUAACAAGAAACCCUGGACCAAGGAGGAGACAAUGCGGCUAAGAAAAUUGGUGGAGCUACAUGGACGGCACCAGUGGCAGAGAAUUGCCAAAGAACUGAAGACCAAUCGUACCCCUAUGCAUUGUCUGCAGCAUUACAGGCGAGAACUCGACUCCUUUACUAAACGAGGCUGGACAGAAGAAGAAGACAAAAUUUUGAAAGAAGUCGUCGAUAGCUGCCGUAUUGGCAGUCGAAUUCCUUGGAACCAAGUGUCAUUUUAUAUGGAAGGUCGUAGUAGUACUGCUUGUAUCGCUCGCUGGACGGCUUUGGAUCCCAGUAUCAAGCACGGUCGAUGGACGCAGGAAGAAGAUUCUCUGUUGGUAGCAGCAGUUCAAAUAAUGGGAACAAGCAAAUGGCCCCAUGUGAGGAGUCUGGUCCCUAAUCGAACAGCCAACCAGUGUCGUGAAAGAUGGGUCAACUGCUUGGAUCCAGGUAUUAACUCAGGACCAUUUACCUAUGAGGAAGAUAAAUUAUUAUUGAAAUAUGUCAAAGAGAAUGGAGCUGGUAACUGGGCCACUGUCGCAUCUCACCUGCCGGGCCGUACCGAUCAGAUAUGCUCCACUCAAUAUUUCCGACUCAAGAAAUGGCGAGACCAAGCGAAUUUUGUAAAAAAGCAGUCUGAUGAAUCCAAGUCUUAUUUCAUGCCUAACUUUGAUGCCAGUAAAUAUGUGGAUCUUGUUGAGUCUGGAAAAUCUUUGGAUGAGUUGAUACCCCUACCCUGUCCUUCUAAGUAUCAGAACUCUUUCAACAAUAUUCUCCAGAAAUGGCAGCAAGAGAAUCUCAAAAGAGAUUUGGUGAAACAGGAACUCGAUUCCAGAAAAGGUGAUAUCUUUGUACCUCGGCCCCCGUUGUUGCGGAAGUUCUCCCCAAACGUCACAAAAGUAUGGGAUACGAGGAACAAACUGCGCCAAAGAAUUGAAGAAUUCGUUCAAAGCCAACUUGUGGAAUCUGGAGAGAUAAAAUCCAAAGAAAAGACAGACAAAGCUUAUUCCCUUAUGCGCUCUAAACUGGAUCAACUGAAGCCAAGUACUCGGGUAUCCGAGAUCCUUAGGGUGGCCCGUGGCUUUAGUCAGAAGCCAGAGAGAAAAGGUGACAACAGGAACUCAAAGUUUGUACUUGCUGCUGUAGACCAAGAAAUCAAAGACUUGUUGUAUGUUCAUUGGCUGAAAGAGAAUUACGUAAACCGACUCCAACCGUUUGAAGAUGAGUUUGUAACACAGACUGUUGAUGAAAGGGGACAGAGCAGGCUCCAGCUUCUGCACUUGUUUGUCAAUGCUCUUGGCCCCAGGACCAACUUAUACCAAAAAAUCAAGACAAAGCGAAUCACGGAACCCUUGGAAGACUCGGUGGAAGAAAGCCAGAGAGAAGAUUUCCGACUCAUGUUUCUCAGUUCGUUCAACACGGAUCUGACUUCGGUGAACUUUUCUCAUGAGCCGGACCAUACAGUGAACGCGGGAGACACCGUCCCUCCAAACUUGGCCACGCUUAAUGCAAUGCGGAUGCUGCUCCAAGAACAACCAAAACUGAAGAAAACAGCUGAGCAGUAUGAUGAGGUUUUGACCAAAGAUCCGGACAUGGAUUCUUUAAGGGAGCGAAUGAACCUGGUGAAAGUAGACCCCCAUUAUAGUUUGCUCCAGGAAAGGUUCAACACGUUGUUCAUGUGGCCAGGGCUUUUGACAACGCUGAACCCUAAGAAACAAGGAGGCCCUGCGAAGAGCACAGAGAAGAAAGAAAACCCUAGGAAAAGGCGUAUAAAUAAGUAUCCCCUGAUUACUCCUAAACGAAAUGCCAAGCCUAAGAAAGUUGUUCCAAAGACGGAGGUAUUGACGGAUCGUGCUGAUAACACCACGGGACAAUUGAGCGGGAAUAUUGCCAUGCAAAGCGGAGACAAGUCUGUGAAAACUGAAAUACUAACAUCGGAAACCAGUGAGACCUUGUCAUCCUCAACGGCAACCGAUGGCGCUCCGGGAAACGUGCCACAGAAGAGGAGGGUUGGUCGUCCUGUGGGCGCGAAGUCAAAACCGAAAGAGAAAGUCCUGGAGCCAGUCAGGUCGUCUCGGCGUCAACGAGGGAAUUGUUCCAAAUCUCCCGAUGACAGCAAACCUUGGGAGCUGAACGAAGAGCCGACCGCUAAAAGGAAACGUCGAAGAACAACGAAAGGCGCCGCCGCCAACCGGGACUGCACAAGCUUGUUUGCAUCUCCAACGGCAGUGCCAACCCCUGGCGUGUCUCAGAAUCAGUCAUCAGCAGCAGCAGCAGCAUCAUUAUUAUCAUCAUUAUCGUCAUCAGCAGCCUCAUCAUCAUCAUCAUCAUCAUCGUCAGCAACAGCACCACCACCACCACCACCACCAACAGGCGAACAGGAAUUGUUAUCGAAACUAUCUCCGAGUCUUGUGCAACAGGUCAUCAGUCAAGAAGUCCAAGUGCAACCGAUUGGCACUUACAUGAAUGUCACACCUCCGUAAUGUUACAUCUCUAUCGUGUUACACCUGCAUCAUGUCGCACCUGUAAUAAUGUCGCUCUUCCUAUCAUGUCAUGCUUCUAUAAAUGUAAAAUUUUUACCUGA